AUGAUGCAGUCACUCAAUCUGAAAUUGUUGGCGGAUUUUAGUACGGGUACGAGGAUUUUUCUUCCGGGCCGGAGCUUUGGUUCGGAGAGGAGACAGUGUUUGAAUAUCAGAGGUUCCAACAGAAGUUGUCGGAUUGUAGCAUGUUCUGUUGAGAGAGAUGGAAAUGGUGAAGGAACAAGUUCGAGUUCAAGUUCGGGUUCGGAUCAUACUCCAAGUUCGUUUUUGUCUCGGAGUCAAACUUAUGCUAUGCUGAAACAACAAAUGGAGGUUGCUGCACAAUCUGAGGACUACGAAGAAGCUGCAAGAAUUCGCGAUUCGUUGAAAUCAUUUGAGGAAAUGGAACCAGUUUUGCGGCUGCGUAGGUUGCUUAAGGAUGCAAUUGCUGAUGAGCGGUUUGAGGAUGCAGCUAGGUAUCGCGAUGAGCUAAAGGAAAUUGCACCACACUCCCUCCUGAAAUGUUCGAGUGAUGCAACUACCUUGGGGAUCAGGGUUCAAGUUAGGAGUGUUUACAUUGAGGGCCGAAGUCAGCCUUCAAAGGGGCAGUACUUCUUUGCGUAUAGAAUAAGAAUCACUAAUAACUCAGAUCGCCCUGUUCAACUUCUCAGAAGACACUGGAUUAUAACAGAUGCCAAUGGAAAAAAUGAAAAUGUUUGGGGAGUUGGAGUUAUAGGUGAACAGCCAGUUAUACUUCCUACGGCAGGAUUUGAAUACUCAUCUGCAUGCCCGCUAUGCACUCCCAGUGGUAGAAUGGAAGGUGACUUUGAGAUGAAACACAUUGACAAAGCAGGCUCACCCACGUUCAAUGUUGCUAUUGCUCCGUUUUCUCUCUCAAUACUAGGAGAUGGAAGUGAUGCUUUUUGA